GGAUUUACUGAAGCCUGACUGCCAAAGCAUGUCUAGAAAGCUGGUAUUCAGGACUCUGCGUUCAUCCUCUGUCAACUCCACCUCUCCCAUCGGGCUAAAGAGAGUCUUGGGGAACGUCAGGACUAGCGCUGCCCUGACGGCAUGGUCUUUGAGCGAAGAGAUCACCUUCAUGUUGAUUGUAAAUGGAAAUAUGUGCUGAUAGCGAUGGUCCUUGUUGGAGUGACAAUGGAUAGUUAGUUUAUGAGAGACAGAGAGAGGAGACAGCUCCCACUCCAGCAACAAAGGGAAGACUGGGAAAGUUUCCAACGGCAAUCCCUAACUUGAAAUGUGAUCAUCUUUAGAUCUUUCAGUCGCGCGAGGUGUCGUGGAUCCUCAGCAACCAAUGGAACAGAAUGACAAUCAAACAGAGUAUGAAUCCUGCUUUGAAAUGAGUGACUGGGCAAACAUGAACAAGGUUGAAAUUUUGCCUGGGGCAUUCUAUCCUUCAAUGUUUCCAUACGCUUUGUCGGCUGGUGGAGAUGACCCACGCUGGGAAGAUGUUUCUACACUCACAAAGGUAUCAGUUGUUGAAGAAAAUAAUCUCCAGCAGCAGGGAUCUGUUCCGAUCCUUGUCAUGGGUGCCCUAUUGGGUUUCCUAUUGUGGCCACUAAUGGCCACUCUCUCUGGAGUCCAACCUGUAUACAGUUUCAGCACCUUUCAGUGACAACAUGGCUUGGGAAACACUCAAAAUCAAUAACCAUCACCAAGCCAAAACUUCAUCUUACAGUACAUGUAUCAUCUUCCAGGCGAACUAUGACCAUGUAUGUGUUGCUGCUCGAAGCUGACCACCUAAUGCAAGUAGUGGCGGGCCUGACACACCUGAAGUUCGCCUCACUAUUUGCUUGAUAAAAAUCGCAUGUUUGGUUUUGUACCUUUUGGGAGCUCGGAGGGAGAUCACAUCAGGUUGCAUGUUUGCACUUCUUUUGCGGAAAAAGGCACAAAACUCCCUUCAUCAAAGCCCUUUAUUGGAGGGGUUAAGUCCUUAGUUUACAUUUAUUUUAAAUUAAGUCUUUUACCUUCGUUUAGCUCUAUCCCUUUCUCAUAAAAGGGAAACAACUCAACACGACAAGAAGACAAGCCAACAUUGAACGUUGGAUGGAUGGAGUUAGUCAACAGCAACCAAGAUGAGUGAUAGUACUACUUUGGUGGCGACGGAGGAGGAGCUGAAGCCUCCUCAGUUUCGAUCGGUGGCAAUUCCCCCUGCCAAACGGCAGAGCGCCUUUCGUCCGGAUCUGAAACUCUACGUCAAGAAUGUCCGUGAUGGCAACCAGCCGAAGAAGGCCAUCACUGUUCCUUCUGGGUCUACCAUCCAAGGAGUAAAGCUACUCAUUCAAUAUCUCAUGGACGUUCCCGUGAAUGCACAGCGUCUCUACUUUGGACCAUUCUUGAGCUCCGGGAGUGAGCUUCCAAACCACAGAACACUCCACGAUGCCGGGAUCUAUCGCUCGGGAGAGACUCUUUUCUUGGAGAUCAAAGAUGAUGAUGAGACAGUGCCCAGUUGGAAGAACAGUCGCACCGAGGCACCGAGCACUCCAGCUAUGUCUUUCUUUGGCAGCAGCAGCCGCCACGAAACGAAGCCGUCAUCGUCAUCGUCACCCUCUGCCAAAGGAUGGGCUGUCCCCAAGCUACAACCUGUCCCGAUUUAUUAUCCUCUCGACGAAAAGUCAUCUCGAGUUGUGGAGGAUGAUUUGGACAAUGUGAUGGAACGUUUGGCGAACUGCUUUCGCUCUUUGAGUCUUCAGGCAGUCUUCAACGACGAGAAUGCAAGCGUCCACUUGACCGACUCACAAGGCGUGGAAAUGGAUUUGAAACUCUGGAAAGCAACUGGAGAAAAAACGGGGGUGGUGGUGGAACUCCAGCGGCGAAGGAGCGAUGCCACAUCCUUUCAUCGGUGGUACCUUCGCCACAUUUUGGAUGCGGCAAAAAGAGACGAUACUACGGAGCAUAAAAAGGCAGUGAGUGGUGCCAUUGAAAUUGCCCACGGCUUGCUGCUCAGCAAGGAUCGUGGUACGGAACACCAUCGGUUGGGUUUGGAGGAUCUGCAUCUUUUGACGGAUCCGGACAAAACAACAACUAUGUCGAGUGCUACCCGGGCAGCCAUAAGAAUUAUUGAUGCGGAAGGUCAAUUCCCGGAUAGAGGCGUAUUUGAAAACGUACUCAACACGGUGCUUGACAAGGUGAUUGGCGACUAUGACCAUGACAACGACAGCGAUCAUGGUGAUCACCAGAAGAAACAAGCGCCUGUUGUAUACCAUUAUUUUAGCAAUGGGAAACACAAACCAAACAAACUCUCUUUUCAGCGGAAUGGUACCGGAUCCCCCGGGUCAAGAUCAAAAUCUCGUCAAAUGGGUCGGGAUCGGAAAAGUCACUUGAGCGAUCCCAUCGAGACGUCUGGUAGCACGCAUGAUGAUGGGAAAAGCGACACCAGCACACCCAAUACACCAGACGGAGCACAACCUGGCAAUACACACGCAGAAUUGCCGUGCAGGGCGCUUCCCCACAACAACGCGGCGUAUGCAGCUUCCAAGCUUUGCCGAUUCUACAGCAUGGCUGCUUCGGUGGCGUCGAAUUCCUGGGCUUUCAGUGGCUCUAGUAGUUCGGACAUGAUUACCGAGUCGCGCCACAAUUUGAAGGCACCUCCGCAGCAACGAUCGGAUGAAAGUAACAGCAACCAGCAAACCGACUAUGAAACCUGCCUGGAAAACGAUGAUUGGGCAACUAUACACAAGGUGACACUGUUGCCUGGGGCGUUCUAUCCCUCUGUGUUUCCAUACACUCUAUCGGUGGGUGGAGAUCAUCCACGUUGGGAGGAUGAUGAUGUCUCCACACUUACCAGUGCCAAGUUAUCAGUGCAAGGAAACCAAAUUCUUCAAGGAUCUGUCCAGUUUCUUGUCUUGGGAGCAGUCUUUGGUUUCCUUCUCACUUGGCCGCUCGCUUGGUCCUUGAUGGACUCCAACAAUACUAUCCAGUCUGGAUACGUUUUCAGCGCUUUUCAGUAG